CCUCCAUAGUUGCUCGGUGGCUGCUUCCGUUCCGCCUCUCUCUCGUCAGUGUCUGCUGCUUCCGGCGCUCUCUUGCUCUCUCUCUCUCUCUCUCUGUGCCUCCCAGGCGGUCUUCUCAACCCAGGUGAUAAUUUCCGAUUGGGGUUAUCAGUCCGACUGUUAUAGGGAACGACUCCGGCGGGUUCCGACCUCCAGUGUGUAAGCAAUGUCCAGAAUAUGCGUGAAGAACUUGCCCAAGUACGUGGCGGAGGACCGGCUCCGGGAGGUCUUCUCUCAGAAGGGGGAGAUAACCGAUGCCAAACUCAUGCGCACCAAGGAUGGUAAGAGCCGGCAAUUCGCUUUUAUUGGAUUUCGGACCGAGCAGGAAGCCCAAGAAGCUAUCAAGUACUUCAACAAGUCGUUUCUCGAUACUUGCCGGAUUGCUUGUGAGAUUGCCCGUAAAGUUGGGGAUCCAGAUAUCCCUCGACCGUGGAGUCGCUACUCAGUGAAGAAGGAUGAGAAAGCCUCUGAGAAUAAGACUUCUUCUGGUGGUGAGAUUUCUAGCCAGUCAAGCCUGAAGCAUAAGGGAAAGAAAAAGGACCUGAACAAGACAAGUGAGGAUGACGACCCUCAGCUUCAGGAGUUUCUUCAGGUCAUGCAACCAAGGGUCAAUUCAAAGCUGUGGGCAAAUGACGCCUUGGUGGCCUCGGUGACUGGUACAACCAAUGAAAAAGGCACUCCGAACAAAGAAGACAGAGAAAAAACCGCUUCAGCAAAAGUGGAGUCAGAAAAUCUUGAUGAUGUUGGAAAAGAACUUGGUGGUGCUCCCAAGAGUACGCGAAAUCUUGCGCUUGAUGAAGUGGUUUCUGACAUGGACUACUUCAAGAGCAGAGUUAAGAAAGGUUGGUCAGACUCAGAAAGUAGCGAGCAUGAAGAUAGUAACAAUGAAAAAGAGGAUGGAGAUGAUUCAUCGAGUGAAAGCUCCUCAGAUGAAGAUGAUCAGGCUGCAGAUUCUGUUCGAGAGCACAAUAACACUACGUUGCCUGAUAAGCUUGGAGGGGAGAGCCCUCUUGCAGAAACUGAUGGUGAACAAGCUGACCAGGGGAACCCAUUAUCUAGCUUAGAAGAUGAGAAAGAAGAAACCAUUCAAAGCGACCGUCUUUUUGUUCGCAAUCUACCUUAUACCACAACUGAGGAGGACCUGGAGGAGCUGUUUAGUAAGUGUGGCAAAAUUUCAGAGGUCCAUCUUGUUGUUGAUAAAGAUACUAGACGAUCAAAGGGAAUUGCUUACAUUCAGUAUGCAGUACCUGAAUCUGCAGCAAGAGCUUUAGAAGAAGUCGACAAUUCAAUUUUCCAGGGCAGAUUGCUGCAUGUUAUGCCUGCUCAGCGAAAAGGCCAACCUGAAAAACAGAAUGAUCACUCUUCAAACCAAGCAGCAAAAACUUUCAAGCAACAGAGGGAAGAAGAAAGAAAGGCUUCUGAAGCUAGUGGAGAUACAAGAGCAUGGAAUACAUUGUUCAUGCGCUCCGAUACGGUUGUUGAAAACAUAGCAAGGAAAUUCGGUGUGAGCAAGAGUGAUUUCCUCGAGCGUGAGGCCGAUGAUCUUGCAGUGCGCAUUGCCUUAGGGGAGACACAAGUAAUUAAUGAAACUAAGAAGGCUUUAGCAGAAGCAGGAGUUAAUGUAGCAGCUCUGGAGGAGUUUGCUGCUAACAGAAGUGAUUCUGCCAAAAGAAGCAAUCAUGUUUUGUUGGUGAAGAACUUGCCCUAUGGUUGUUCUGGAGCUGAACUGGCUAAUAUGUUUGGCAAAUAUGGUAGUCUGGACCAGGUCAUUCUGCCUCCGACAAAGACGAUGGCUUUGGUUGUUUUCCUUGAACCGUCUGAGGCACGAGCUGCUUUUAAAGGGCUGGCAUACAAACGAUACAAGGAUGCUCCGUUGUACUUGGAAUGGGCUCCUGGCAAUAUUCUGAAUCCAGUCCCAUCAGAUGGCAAUCAAAAUAAUGGUCCUCUGGUAGGUGACCGUGAUGCUAACAGAGUCCUAUUGGAGCAACAUGCAGGACUGUCAGAUGUGGAUAUUGAUCCUGACAGAACGGAGUCACGGUCUCUCUUUGUGAAGAACCUAAAUUUUAAGACGACCAAUGAGACCCUUAGGGAUCAUUUGAGUGGACAAAUGAAGAACGGAAAAAUUCUCAGCGUUAAGAUAAAGCAGCACAUGAAAAAUGGCAAGCAUGUCUCGAUGGGAUUUGGGUUUGUAGAGUUUGAUUCUGUGGAGACUGCUACAAACAUUUGUCAGGAUUUACAGGGCACUGUUCUAGAUGGUCAUGCCCUUGUGUUGCAACAUUGUCAAGUGAAAAAGGAGGAAGAAGUUUCAAACAAGGCAGAGAAGGAUAAGAGUUCAACCAAAUUGCUCGUAAGAAAUGUUGCUUUUGAGGCUACCGAGAAAGAUCUGAGAAAGCUGUUCAGUCCCUUUGGGAAGAUCAAGAGCUUGAGACUCCCGAUGAAAUUUGGAAGUCACCGAGGAUUUGCAUUCGUGGAAUUCGUCACAAAGCAAGAGGCGCAGAACGCUCUCAAGGCCCUGUCCAACACUCACCUUUACGGCCGUCAUUUGGUUCUGGAGAGAGCAAAAGAAGGAGAGAGCUUAGAAGAGUUACGGGCUCGGACAGCUGCUCAAUUCACUGACGAGCAAAAUGGGUACCAAAAUCCAGCCAAGUUGUCGAGGAAGAGGAAACACAUGGCCGUUCUGGAUGAGGGCAGAGUGAAGUUUGAGAGAAUUGCUGAUUAACUUUGAUCGUGUCAAAGUGCUUUAUUGCCUUAGAAUAGAAUCUUCCGUAGACUGGAUGUAAUCAUAAUAGUAAUCUUUAUAUAGUUAUGUCAAUUAUGAAAGGCACAGUUUUGCUUGUUCAGUGCCACUAAUGGAUUCGUAGACCGUUCGCUUAUUCUUGUAGAAUGAUAAGUUAUUGAUAAAUGAUCCAGGUGGAUGACUCCUUCCGAGUUCGGGGGCUGAUAUCUCUAUUGCAGCAAUCAA